AGCAGCCGAAGAAGUAACGAAAAGGGGCAGGAAUCGACUGUCUGCAAUAUACUUCUGAUUCCUCCUUUUUUCACUUCAUCACUUCAUUAUUAUAAUACCUUUCGCAGCGCAGCGUCCAUGCCGUCCCGCUUCCCUCCGCCCCCACUGGCCGACGCCGGCGUCGCCCACCAUCGCCACGGACACCUCAUUACCGUCGCGGCCAUCGCAGGCACUGUCGCAGUUCUCUCCGUCCUCUCCGUCGCUCUUUUGGUGCUCCUCUACCGCUGCUUCGGUCGCAUCCGAGCCGCUGCAGGAGCGCCCCCCUCCCCCCACCCGCACCCUCCCGGCCCCCUCCGCCGGUUCACCUACUCGCAGCUCCGCGGCGCCACCGGCUCCUUCGAUCCCUCGCGCCGCCUCGGGCAGGGCGGCUUCGGCCCCGUCUUCCGCGGCGCCCUCCCGUCCGGAGAGGAAGUCGCCGUCAAGCUCAUGGACUCGUGUGGCUCUCUCCAGGGCGAGCGCGAGUUCCACAACGAGCUCGCCCUCGCUGCGAAGAUCCUUACUUCUGUUCCGGCCUCCGAUGCCGCCGUCGUGCCCGCUGUUGGAUACUGCUUCGACGAUGUGAACGGCUCGCGGCGGUGGUGGCGGUGGAGGAGGCGGCGGGAAGCGUGGGAGUCGGUGGAGGACGCUGAGGCCGCAGCGGUGGGCGGGGCUUUGCCGAGGCGAAAGCUUCUACUGGUCUACCAACUGAUGCACAACGGGAGCCUCCAGGAUGCGCUGCUGGAUCGCCGCUGCGCGGACCUGUCGGACUGGGACCGGCGGUUCGCGGUGGUGCUCGACGUCGCUCGCGGCCUCCACUUCCUCCACGCUAUCUGCGAUCCGCCUGUGAUACACGGCGACAUCAAGCCCAGCAAUAUACUCCUCGAUUCGCGCCUCUCGGCCAAGAUCGCCGAUUUUGGCCUCGCACGCCUCAGAUCCGCGGUCUCCGCCGAGGAGGAGGUUGCUGUUCGCGUCGAUCCCGAAGCGGAUGCGACGAACGAUUCCAAAAUGUCGGAAACGGAGAGGAAAAAGGAUUUUCCGCUCGGAAGCGGGGAGGAUGACUCCUCGAUCUUUGCGAUUGGAGAGACGGCGGAGAGCGUGACGACCACAGCUACUGGUUUCGAGGAGCAAGUGAUGAACGGCGGGGCGAAUGGCUAUGCUCCGACCGAUAGAUCGGCGGAUGAAGAUGAGGGUUUCACGGUGGCAUCGCCAGUCACUGCCGCUGAUGCAGCCUCGGUUUCUGAAACCGGAACAGGCUUCGAUAAGGCGAGCGUGGACAGUGGCUCCCGGAAGGGCUUCAAGAAGAAGGCCGGCGCUUCAUCGGGCAAGGACUGGUGGUGGAAACAGGACAUGAACGGCGGCGGGCCAAACUCCGAAACCGGGGGCAGCGUGAAGGACUACGUUAUGGAAUGGAUACGAUCGGAGAUCAAGAAAGAGAGGCCGAAAAGCGAUUGGGCGACGGACUCAACGGCAACGGCCGCCGAUGAGUGCCUUCCUAAGCCAUCGAACACUGGGAGAUCGGAGCGGAAGAGGGCGCAUCGAAGGCUGGAAUGGUGGGCUUCGCUGGACGAUGCGACCCUAAGGAAGAAAGAGAAGAGCCGGCCUGCGAGGGAGUGGUGGCGCGAGGAGUUCUGCGAUGAGCUGACCAAGAAGCAAAAGCGGCGUGCAAUCGGCAAGUCCGCGAGCAGCCUCGGCAGAUGCGAAGACCAACAAUGGUGGCCGAACGACGACGAGUUGGCUUCGCCGUCAUCGGGAAGGAGGAAGAGGAGGAGGAAGAAGAGGAGCCGCGGCGGCAGCCGAGGCAACAUCGACUGGUGGAUAGACCGGAUCUCCGGCGAGAUGGGGCCGGCGAGAAAGUAUAACCGGGACUGUGUCAGCGUGGACAUCCCCAAAAGCGGGACGGUGAGCAGCACCCCCAGCAUGAGGGGCACCGUCUGCUACGUCGCGCCGGAGUACGGCGGCGGCGGACCACUCUCGGAAAAAUGCGACAUUUACAGCUUCGGCGUUCUUCUUCUGGUCAUCGUUUCAGGGCGGCGGCCGCUGCAGGUGACGGCGUCGCCCAUGUCGGAGUUCGAGCGAGCCAACCUCAUCUCAUGGGCACGCCACCUCGCCCACUUGGGGAGGCUGCUGGAUCUUCUGGACCCCUCCCUCCGGUGCGUCGACAGGGAGCAGGCCCUUCUCUGCAUCACGGUGGCGCUGCUCUGCCUGCAGAGGUCUCCUACUCGUCGGCCCUCAACCAAGGACAUACUCGGAAUGCUCACCGGUGAGUCGGAGCCUCCACUCCUCCCUCUUGAAUUCUCCCCAUCGCCGCCGGGAGGUUUCUCCUUCAAGUCCCGCAAGAAGGCUCGGAGACAUUGUCGCAGGUGCAUUUCGGAUCUCCGAGAGAACAAGAUACAUAUGGAGACAAGAGUUUAGGUAGUGUUAACAGCGAGAUGUUUUCAUUUUAGGCAGAAUUUAGUGAUCUUUGCUACAAGGUGUGACCUUUUUAUUGUAUUUUGACCUCAUAUUACAUAGACUUGAACUCUCUGUC